AUGGUGGUACUGAUAGAAUCAGCUUGUUGUACUACGGCUUACGCAUAUUGGUCCAAGGUGCUCAAACUAAACAACCUGCUAUUUACAGUAUUCAGAGCCCUUGCUGCUUCCAAAAUCUCUACGAUGGGUAUUGAAACGGGUCCAUUUAGUGGUAACGGUAACGUCAACGGAACAAUUUGCCGUUCGGGAAUCGGUCAUCCGUGUGCACUCCACGGCCAUCAGGAACGCUUGAUGGUACCCUCCACCUCUGCUCCCGCCACAUUUGAUGCCGUGAAGGAUAUGGUGGUCUACGCCGGUAUCUUGGUGUCCGAAGCCGAUGUCGGAGAGGCUGUAUCGAAGGCUCUUCCCGAGCCCGGCAAUGGCGCCUCCGCCUGA